ACUGCUUAAAAAAAUAGAUUUAUUACCGACGAAACUGUAACUAUAGAACGCACGGAAUCACCUGAUUUGGCGACAAAAUUAGGGUCAAAUCGAACCAACAGAAAAACACUUUUCUUUUUCUAGUUCUGUCAGAAUUUCUCAACCGUAGUCAAAACAAAAUCUUGUAACUUUCCCACUAACCAAAACCCAAAGCAUUAAUCAAAUUUUUAUUUUCAAAGAAAGUCAAAAGAAAAGAAGCCCGCGCAAGAGAGAGUGGGAAUAGAUGGGUCGGCCUCCGAGUAAUGGCGGCCCUGCCUUUCGUUUCACAACAACUGAGGUUGAGGAGAUGGACACUGUUCUCCAAGAGCACCAUAAUCAAAUGCCAGUUCGGGAGAUCCUUGUAAGUCUUGCUGAGAAGUUCAGUGAGUCAGCAGAUCGGAAAGGGAAGAUAGUUGUGCAAUUUAAGCAAGUGUGGAAUUGGUUCCAAAAUAGGCGCUAUGCAAUAAGGGCAAAAUCAAGUAAGGUUCCUGGGAAGUUGAAUAUUACAUCUAUGCCUCGGGAUGAUUCAGUUCCUGUGAGAAAUGUGCCUCAACCUGUUGCUGCUCCCAUGCCUCCCCCUAUGACUGCUCCAAUUUCUGCUGCUAUGCCUGCUUCUACUGUUCCGGGUGCAGGAAGGCAUAUGUCAGAAUCUUAUAUGGAAUUCGAAGCUAAAUCUUCAAGGGAUGGUGCUUGGUAUGAUGUUGCAACUUUUUUGGCCCAUAGAUAUUUGGAGAUGGGUGAUCCGGAAGUAGAGGUUCGGUUUGCUGGUUUUGGACCAGAGGAGGAUGAGUGGGUUAACAUUCGCAAACAUGUCAGGCAACGGUCCCUCCCAUGUGAAGCAUCUGAGUGUGUUGCAGUUCUUCCCGGAGACCUUAUACUUUGUUUUCAGGUGGAUAUCCGUAAAAAUUGCAAAUCAAUGAUAACCUGCAAGCAAUCCUUAAGAGUAUAUAUUUCUUUAAUCAAACCUUUUCUUAGAUUUAAUUUUCUCAAUGCUCUCAAAAUUUUCAGGAAGGUAAAGAUCAGGCUCUUUACUUUGAUGCCCAUGCCCUUGAUGCGCAAAGGCGGAGGCAUGAUGUACGAGGUUGUCGUUGUAGAUUUUUGGUGCGCUAUGAUCAUGAUCAAUCCGAGGAAAUUGUACCUUUAAGGAAGAUUUGCCG